CCCUGUAGAAGUAAACAUGUUUUUGUUGUUGUGUUGGAGUGAGUAAUUGUAAUUUAUCUCCAGGUAUUUGCCGAAAAUUAGCCAAAAAUAGAAAAUAUGUCGCACCAAACUGGGAUAAAAGGUAAUGAUAAACUUACAAAAGUGUUUGCAAAAAGCAAAAACGGAAAGCUGCGUGUGAUAAAGGUAUCAAUAGAAAAUGAGGAGCUCAAUUGUACUGCCACGGCAGAUGUAAAGAAAGACUGGGAGAGGGACUAUGACAAACUGAUCAGUCCACUAAUAGAAGAAAGCGUACCAUGUUAUAUUCUUUAUCGCUUGGAUAGUAAAACCUCACUUGGUUAUGCCUGGCUAUUGUUGAGUUGGGUACCCGAUAAUGCCACCAUAAGACAAAAAAUGGUUUAUGCUUCUACAAAAGCCACGCUUAAAACAGAAUUUGGCUCGGCACAUAUUACUGAAGAAAUACACGCAACAACAUUAGAAGAAACGACUUUUGAAGGCUAUGUUCGGCAUAAACAAGACUAUGCAGCACCAGCACCACUAACAACUCGUGAGGAAGAGUUAGUAGAGUUGCGAAAAACUGAAAUCAACACCGAUAUAAAUACCGAUACGCGUCACCAAACACUGGGUGGAGUAGCGUGUCCAAUGUCUGAUACCACUGUCGAGGCGGUAAAAGAUUUAUUACGAGGUUCAUAUGAUUAUUUGCAAUUUCGAAUAGAUCUCGAAGAGGAACGCAUACAUGUGUCAAAAGCAGCAGUGGUUCCGCUGAGUGAGUUGCCCCGUCAAGUCCCGACGGAAAAUGCACGCUAUCACUUAUAUCUCUUCAAGCACACGUACGAAGGUGAAUAUCAAGAAGCUUAUUUUUUCAUUUACUCCAUGCCUGGAUAUACAUGUUCAGUACGUGAACGCAUGAUGUAUUCUAGCUGCAAAGCACCGUUUUUAGAAAAUUUGAACAUUCUUGGUGUUAAUGUAGUAAAGAAGUUGGAAGUCGAUAGUGGAUCAGAACUGACUGAGGAGUUUCUACUCGAUGAACUCCACCCAAAAAAGCUUGCCAGCAGACCAGCAUUUGCAAAACCGAAAGGCCCACCUAGUCGCGGUGCAAAGGGCUUGACUCGCCCACAAGAGCAAUCUUAACUGCAAUAUAAGUAUAUAUACAAAUAUGGGGCUCUGUGUUGCAACUCGCACCUCGCGGCAAUCAUUUUACUAAUGCUUUCCUUUUUCUUCCACCUGAUGUUUAAUUUACAGUCUAUCAAUAUUACGAUUACUUGAAUAGUAUUUUUGCAAUUUAUACACACCCUUCUUGAUAUACAUAGAAUGAAAUGUAUUAUUCAAUGUUAGAAGAUAUGUAUGUAUAUUCGUGAUAAUCGUGCAAGAUUCGUUCAACUAUUAAAUAUUACGUAAAUAUUUACAUGAGCGCAUAAAAAUAUGUAUGUACAGCGAUUAACUGCUUCAAUUUCAAAUCGUAUUCGAAGGUCAUUCAUCGUUAGCAUUUCAAGUAUAUAAGUUGUUGCAAUUUAUCAUAUCAUGUGUUCUGUUGCAUAACAAACGCUUUCUAUAAGGAAUCGUAGUCAGUUCAAUAACAUACAUACAUAUACACAAAAGUUGAAGUUAAACAAUUUAUAUUUGCUCUGUUUGUUUAACAAAUAAGAAUAAAGUCUUCUAUACAUGUCUAGCUGUCUAAUGUAACGAAUGUAUUUAUAACGAAAUAAUCUUUAGCAAAUAUACAAAGACUCAAAAUAAAACAAAA